AUGUUAGGUUUGGUUGACUAUGCUGGAAGCGAUGAAGAUGAUAUUGGUGAAGCACAAAGCGAAGAAUGUAUUCGUAAAAAACAUCGGAGAUCCACAAACACGGACAACAGUACAACAAAUGGAUUCAAGCAAGAAGACGAUGUUGUGAUCGAGGAUUAUGAUGAUAUUAUAAAUGCUAGUAAGGCUUAUGAUCUAUUGCAUUCUUUUAAUGUCUUCGAAGAGGGAUCGUCAAUACGAACAAAUUUGCCGCCUGCAAUACCUUUGGCUGAUAAGCCUGUACAACAGGAGAAAGAGUUAGAUGACUUGGUGAAACGAAAAAAAUGGGAACUGAAGCUAGCAAAGAAAGCUAAAAGAAAACGAAAACGUCAUCGCACACACCAUACAAAUAGUAGUUCGGAAAACCAUCAUUCAAGUAAAAAUCUCGUAAAUAACCAAAAGAAUGCAAAGAAGAUGGUCGUCAUACAAGCUUUUAGUGGAUUAAAAGGUUUAAUAAGUGAUGGAAAACAAGGAGAGUCUGAUGAGGAACCGAAUUAUUCUCUGGCAGCUUCUUCAUCAAGUAAUCUCCUCGCAAUCUUACCUGAACCUAAGAAUGCUUCAAGAGUUUCAAGGAACUUAAAUCUUUUUAUGUCCAGCAAUAAACGUUCUACAGGAAAUGCUAAAAUACCUGAAGUUGCUCGCGCUGUCGCAGAAAUUUCGAAAGAGACGAAAUCUGCUGAAGAAGAAUAUGACGAUGCAUCAGAUGAAGAUCAUGAUUCAAUAGACUUCUUUGGUCUUAAAACAGUUGGUGAUCCUCCUGUGGUAUCAAAUAUUACAACUGUCUCAGACAUUUCACGUGACAAAAAACUUGAAGAGGUCGAAUUAACAGAUGAUAUGAAAGUUGAAAAUAAUAUAUCUGCUUUCAUUUCUCAUCCAGAAAUUACUGCUGAUACAUCUCCCUCAACUACGGUGUCUGGUGUUAUUAAUGACAGUCAAGCUUUAUGUAUGAUUUAUUCGCGUGAUGUUGCACACUUGGGUGGCACGGUUUCCAAUGCUGCGAAGGCUGUGGAAAACAUAAUUGAUGUUAAUGUUGAUAAGGUUUUGGGCCCAAAUGUGCAUGCGACGCUUCUCAAAAAUCUUCAUAACAAAUCGCUUGCUGAAGCAACUUUAUCACAUCUUGCUAAUGUACCGAAAAGCAAAGAUACUGUUAACACGGUAGCGCGACGAAAACAUCAGAUCACAUAUCUUGCUAGUGUUGCAGUAGCUAGAGAAGAACAACUUGCUGAGCAAUGGUCUGUGAAUAGGCAUAACAAACGAUCUUCGGCGAGAAAAUAUGGAUUCUGA